UUGGGAAAUGAAUGGGAUAAUACUCGACGAUCGAAAGAGCAAAUAGAAGCGAGCUUACAACACAAAGAAGAAGCUACUGCACGAAGAGAACGGGCGCUUUUGUAUGCACAGACUAAACAACAAAUGUGGAGGAACCCAUCAAAGUCUGGAAAUCCAACAUUCAUGGAUCCCAACAACCCACAAUGGGGCUGGAGUUGGUUAGACCGGUGGAUGGCGGCCCGACCAUGGGAAUCCCAAGCUGCAACUGAUAACGAGCUGCAACCAUCUUUAAAACUAAACCGUUCCUCAUCCUCAGGAGACAUGGUCAAAAGACUUGACCAGUCACCCUCCACGUCAUCACCACGUUCACCAUCUGUAGUAUCCACUAGGCGGCCCACACCAUCAAGCCCGAAAAGCAAAACUGACCCUGCACCGUCCCCACGAAACAGGAGGCAUAGCAUUUCAGUAUCUUCAUUCCGUGAAGACUCUACAGCUCCUGUUUCUUCGCCUCGUGUGUCUUCACCUCGUGUUAACUCACCAAGGUCGACUAAGACCAAGUCAAUGGUUCCAACCCCGAGCCACAGUCAGAGCCCGGGUCGUAGCCCGAGCCCAAGCCCAUUAGGAUUUGGAAAGAAAGGUACUGUAGAAAAGAAAUCAACUGUGGGGCCGGCCAAGCGGCUGUCGUUAUCUGCUGCAUCAUCUGGUGGUGCUGGUAGGUUGAGUUCUGGUACUCGUUAAAGAGAUCUUUGCUGCAAGUGCUUGGGAUUUUUAAACAAUGAAUUACGUUGUACAUGUAUUUAAUGUAUAUAAGAAGUUUGUAACAUAUAGUUUGGUUUAUACUGUUUUAUAA